GACUUGUAGUAGUAUGGCGGUGGUAGAGGCUUUUCCGGAGGUGGUGGGGACUUGUAGUAGUAUGGCGGUGGUAGAGGCUUUUCAGGAGGCGGUGGGGAUUUAUAGUAGUAAGGUGGAGAAGGAGACUUUUCCGGUGGUGGUGGGGACUUGUAGUAGUAAGGUGGCGGAGGAUAUUUUUCUGGGGGCGGUGGGGACUUGUAGUAGUAUGGCGGUGGAGGAGAGUGUACGGGUGGCGGAGGAGAUUUGUAGUAGUAAGGUGGUGGAGGGGACUUUUCAGGAGGUGGUGGGGAUUUGUAGUAGUAAUGUGGCGCAGGAGACUUUUCGGGUGGCGGUGGGGACUUGUAGUAGUAUGGUGGUGGUGGAGAGUAUUCCGGUGGCGGGGGAGAUUUGUAGUAGUAAGGUGGUGGAGGGGACUUUUCAGGUGGUGGCGGGGAUUUGUAGUAGUAUGGUGGGGGAGGAGAUUUUUCGGGGGGUGGUGGGGACUUAUAGUAGUAUGGUGGUGGUGGAGAGUGCACUGGUGGCGGGGGAGAUUCGUAGUAGUAAGGAGGUGGAGGAGACUUUUCUGGAGGUGGUGGGGACUUGUAGUAGUAAGGCGGUGGAGGAGACUUUUCGGGUGGUGGCGGGGACUUGUAGUAGUAUGGCGGGGGAGGAAAUUUUUCAGGAGAUUUUUCAGGUGGUGGUGGAGACUUGUAGUAGUAUGGCGGUGGUGGGGAUUUUUCCGGUGGUGGAGGAGAUUUGUACUCAUAAGGCGGUGGAGGAGACUUUUCUGGUGGCGGCGGGGACUUGUAGUAGUAUGGUGGGGGAGGAAAUUUUUCAGGAGAUUUUUCAGGUGGUGGUGGGGACUUGUAGUAGUAUGGUGGUGGAGGAGAUUUUUCCGGUGGUGGAGGGGAUUUAUACUCAUAAGGCGGUGGAGGAGAUUUUUCCGGAGGUGGUGGAGAUUUGUACUCAUACGGAGGUGGAGGUGAUGGAGAUGGUGGAGGUGGUGACUUGUACUCAUAAGGCUUUGGAGGAGGAGAAUGUGGAGGUGGUGGAGAUGAGUACUCAUAUGGAGGUGGAGGUGGUGACUUGUACUCAUAAGGUUUUGGUGGAGGAGAAUGUGGAGGUGGUGGAGAUGUGUACUCAUAUGGAGGUGGAGGUGGUGACUUGUACUCAUAAGGCUUUGGUGGAGGAGAAUGUGGAGGUGGUGGAGAUGUGUAUUCAUAUGGAGGUGGUGGAGAUGUGUACUCAUAUGGAGGUGGAGGAGAAUGCACUGGUGGUGGCGGGGAUUUGUACUCAUAGGGCGGUGGAGGUGGUGAAGGGUAGGGAUAACCAUCCGCAGAUACUGAACCGACAUUACUAGAAACCACAAGAAUGGCUAGUGCCACUAGAAUUUGGGGCCAAAACCGGCCCCUUCCUGGGUCGCUCCGCGGAGCUAUCAUCGCUUGCCGGUGAAGUUCCCCCCAAUUUCUCAAGACUAGUACAAGUGUGUCCCGUACUAAAAAGAUGAGGAAGGAGGGGACUAGAAAGAAAGAAAGAAAAGUCUUUUGUUAGU